UUGAUGAACAGCCUCAGCGGUGUAAGGAUUGAACAUCCUCUACGCACGGACUAUGAGUCUGACUAGGCGCUCGAAGUUGUCCACGUGACUCGCCGCAUCCUCUUCGUAUCCGAGCCAUGCCACUUUCCAUUAAACUUACCUUGUGCUCUCAAAGAUGCAGAAUGGCAAACCCGUUAUUAAUCUCUACUUGGAUGCGAAGACUUCUUCUGCGGGAAAGUUUGUCUCUGUUCGCCUUCGAAUUAUAUGGAACUUUGAUAGCAGCAUUUCAGGUAUAUCGGCGUUUUCAGAUCACAUUUACCACUGCAGCGAGCGCAGCUCAGUUUAUCGAUGCCGUCCGACCAGUUUGUCCUUGUAGAUUGAAUCCACAACCGCAGCCUCUGGUUACUCGCAUCCCUCCUGUAGCUACGACAGGCCUUAUUGAUGACAUUCCCCGUCAAGGUACUAUACGCACAGCUGUUUCACAAGCUCGGCCAUCAAUGAGUGGGGCUCCGUUCAGACUCGCGCCGACUACACUUCUUUCAGGAAAUCCAUCAUCCGAAUCUAGUUUACCAGUAUUCGCACUAUCGACGCCAGUUGAUUUUACUCCUGUGGCUCUGAGCAGCAGUUCUAUGAAAACGACAUCCGUGACUACACCAUCUCAUGACGGCACCUUCGUUAUACCUACAGAAACACCUCGGAUAAUCCUCCCAAAGUCCACCCAAUGCCAAGCACUGUCUGGCUCCAUCUACUCUACCAAAGGCUCUUUACUUGAUUCUUCCCAACCAUCCUCGUCUACUCUCAGUAGUCCGAACAUGAUGCCCCCGCCUCCACUGCCCUCGAGCGUCACAUGAUCUCUUCAAUGAAGUUCAAUCGGAAAGUCGACUAUCAGAAGUUUGUAAUUCAAUUCGAGCCCAGCUUGUUGC